AUGGGUGCAUCAAGCUUAGGUUCUGCUUUAGUAAAUUGCAUUAAUCUUUCAAAAUUGACACUUGACCUUAGUCACAAUUAAAUUGGUGAUGAAGGUGCAUCAGGCUUAGAUUCUGCUUUAGCAAAAUGCAUUAAUCUCUCAAAUUUGACACUUGACCUUCGUUGGAAUAAAAUUGGUGAUGAAGGUGCAUCAGGCUUAGGUUCUGCUUUAGCAAAAUGCAUUAAUCUCUCAAAUUUGACACUUAAGCUUCGUUGGAAUAAAAUUGGUGAUGAAGGUGCAUCAGGCUUAGGUUCUGCUUUAGCAAAAUGCAUUAAUCUCUCAAAUUUGAAACUUGACCUUCGUUGCAAUAAAAUUGGUGAUGAAGGUGCAUCAGGCUUAGGUUCUGCUUUAGCAAAAUGCAUUAAUCUCUCAAAUUUGAAACUUGACCUUCG